GAAAGACAAGAAGAAGCAGAGAGCCUGGGAGAAGGAGCAAAAGCAAAGCCAGACUGGGAGUCAGAGUCAGAUGCAGGAGGCUAAGACAGUGGGUAAGGUGAAAGGGGAAGAGGCAGCAAACUGCAGAGAACAAGCUAAGGUGUUACAGGAGCACCUUAAAACACAAGCAAAGCUCCUGCACACGGAAGAUGUCAUCAGUGACAUGAAAAAGAAGGUCUGUCACCUGCAGGCCUCUCUGAAAUCAGGACAGGACUUUGCUGAUCAAAAACACACAAGUCAAGUUCCUCACUUUCAUACGGGACACGAGAAAGAGAGACAGGAAGCAGGCACAACUGUGGACAAGGUGGUGAGGGACCAAGCAGAUGUAGCCGUGGUUGCCGAGCCUGAGAAGAUCUCAGCAUCAGAGCCAAAACAAACUGAGCAGCAGUCAACUGCAGGUGGACUCCUGGUGACACUUAAGAGGAUUGAAGCAAUGGUUAGCAGCGCCCUCGGGACGGCUGAGCUGGUGAGACAAAGCGAGCGGAGGGUGAGCCAGGUGAGAGAAAAGAUGGAGAGCAUCACUCAGAAGGUGGAGAAAACUUUGGGCCGAGCAGCCAACACUGAUGAGCUGCUGAAGAUCAGUGAGGAACGUCCAUCACAGUCCCCAGGUCUCGAUCUCGGUUCAGCUCAUCCUGAAACAGGCACAAUACCCUUCCUAGAUGACGUUGGACCUGAGCAAAACGCCAGUACAGAACUUCCUGCUUCAUCUCCUGUUUUCCCACAAGUAACAGAGCCUCCACAGCUGCCCAUGAAUGGUGGCGCAGGACGAGGUAGCAGCUGGGAGCUCCAGUCAGAGAAGAAACUCUUCCUGCCAGAGUUUUCUUUAAAACAAGGCAACCGUAACUUGAGGGGGCCCUGUAACUUCUCCAGUCCUUUUACCUUCCCAUUGACACACUCCCAUCCCUCUCAGUCCUCCAUCAUGCCCACCUUGCCUGAAGAAGAGGAGGACUCUCCCGAAGAACUGGACAGUUCAUCCAGCUCUCCCAGAACAUCCACAACAGGUGAAAGCCAAGCCGUUAUUAUGACCGCCCCCACCAUUAUCUACCCGCAAAAGGCUGUCAUUGUCCAACAAGAGGGAUGUUCCCUUGAACAGGCCAGGCCACACAGUCCCAGAGCUCGCCAGGCCAGAAACUCCUCUGGAGCACCCAUCACCACAGUUGACAGCACCGGUAAUGUGAUUGACCUAGUGAAGGACCAGCUUCCGGAGCUUCAGCUGUCUAAGGAGGAUCGGCAAAAGAACCUGGAGCUUCUUGAACAGGCCAAGAUGGUCAGCGAUCGCUUUCUGACCCGCCGGGGACGCCGAUCCAUCAGCAGCCUCACCGACUCACCCACAGGUCUCUCUCCAGCUCCAACACCACCAUCCUCACCAUGUUCAUCAAGAAGCAGCUCUUUAAUUGGCCCGCCUCAGACCGCUACAGGGACCACAGAGGCCACACAUGCCUCCCCACUCUCAGUCAGUCAGCACUUAGAGGUGCCAACAGGGAGAGAGCAGUGUGAUUUAAAGAACCAGGACCCGGAGGAUGAGCCGUCAGUGGACUGUAAGCUGGAUGAGAAAAGAAAAGUGUCCUCUGGAACGCUAACACCUCGCUUUGCUGUUCAAAAAGACAGCCGUGACCUCACCAGGCCUAAGAGUCCUCAGGUAGUCAGUAAAGCUGAUGAGGUUUCAGGUCAAAACCUAAACCCGACCCCAGCCACAGGGGUGGCCAAGCCCGUCCCCAGACCCCCUACUCAGCAGGCUCCCUGCACAGCGGAGAUCAAAACAAUCGGUGCCUUCCCUCCGCUGAUGAGGGCUGUCUCGUGGGAUGCCGUUGGCAGCCCUAAUUCAAGAACCGGAGCCCCUGGUUUCCCACCAACAGUUGACGAGGUUUUCUCAGAUAAAUCCAGAGAUGGUGUGUUCAAGUCCUCAUUGUACACGGACCUGCAAGCCCAACCAGGCAGCAUACAGAAACUGUCCAAACUAAGAGAGGAGCACAAGCUGAUGCGUAACCAGAGUAUAGUUGGCUCCAAGUUACCGGACCUGAGUGAAGCUGCUGAGCAGGAUAAAGGACCUCUUCCUUCUGCAAAGACCACAAGCACCGAGGAGAUGAAGGAGAAGUUUGACGCCAUGCCAAACAUUUCAGAUGUGAUGCUGAGAAAACUCAAACUUCACCGGGGUCUGCCAGGCUGUGCACCUCCACUCACUGAGAAAGAAGUUGAGAAUGCAUUCAUCCAGCUGUCUCUUGCAUUUCGUAACGACAACUACACGCUGGAGACACGACUCAAACAAGCAGAGAGGGAGAGGAACCUGACGGAGGAAGACACUGAGAAGGAGCUGGAGGAGUUCAAAGGAGCGCUGAAGAUGACUGCACCGCAGUGGCAGAACAUGGAGCAAAGGGACGCCUACCACCGCCUUAUAGAGACAGUGGCAGUGCUGUACCGACUGACCACACGACUCUCCAGUAGAGCAGAACUAGUUGGAGCAGUUCGGCAGGAGAAACGUAUGAACAAAGCCACUGAGGUGAUGAUGCAAUAUGUGGAAAAUCUGAAGAGGACAUAUGAGAAAGACCAUGCAGAGCUGAUGGAAUUUAAGAAACUGGCUAACCAGAACUCAAAUCGCUGUUAUGGAGCAUCCGUAGACACAGGAGAUGAUGGGAUUCCACGGUCAUCAAGAUCAAUGUCCCUCACCCUUGGAAAGGCUUUACCCAGACGCAGGGUAAGCGUCGCAGUGGUGCCUAAGUUUAACCUCCUCAACAUCCCGGGUCAGACCCCAGUCACUACCGGCCCGGGCUCAAACGUGGGACUUACAACGGGUGCUGCUCUUCCUGUCCUGUGUGAAGCAAAUGAUGUGAAAAGCAGCUCUCCCACUGAAGCAGUUCAACUGGCAGGAGAGUGUGGAAAGGGUGGGAUGGAGCCGGAAAGCGAGCCAGCCAAACCUCCAGUAAACUUGGAGGAGAUCAGAGCUGAGAUCAGAGCCGAGAUGAGUGCAAAGAUCGAGGAGGAAGCAUACAGUAAAGGCUACCAAGAGGGACUGAAGCACAGCAAAGCGGUCCUGGAAGAGAAACACGCAGAAGAAAUGGAUGCAGAGAAACUGCUGGAGCUGAGACACAAGGAUGAGGAAAGUGGAAAGAGGUAUAAGAGCAGCAGGAGGAUGGAGGAGGUACUGGUUCUUCUUAGUCGGUUUUGUCCCUCGAUCUCCGUCAGCCGGCGCCUUCUUUGGGUCGUCCUGAUGCUGUUUGUGGUGAUGUGCGUGCUUAUCAGUAUUUUCACAUUCUUCACUGACUACUACAACCGCCGUGAGGACACAUAGGAGACGUUUUCCAAGACACGAGAUUUCAGGACUGAGCAUAACCAAAGAAGCCAGUGACAGAAGAGCUAAAAAACACAUUUCUGCCAUACUAGCAGAUCAUUACAAACAGACACUUGAAUGAAAAGACUCUAACAGGAGAUGGUCGGCGUUAGUUUGGAAGACUUUAUGGUUGAUGUAUUUUUUUCUUCAUUGACAGCAUUAAUUUGUGGUUUUGUUUAGAAUGGAGAGUUUGCAUUCUGUUUAUUGGAGGAAAAACAAAUAUUUAGGUUUAGGGACCAAAUAUACAGUGUGAUGAAACUUAUUUAAUUCCUAUGUAAUAAUACAUUCUGGCCUUGGUACGAUGAAUAAUGUCACCUUCUUUGAAAUGCCUCAGUAAAAUAUGUGUAGUAGAUAUUUCAAUACAAAGGUCAGAGAUUUUGUAUUUAUAUUUAGGCAUUUUUGUGCAUUUGUUGGUUACAUUUUAUAAAAGGCAUUUAAGGUUUAGAUAUAAGCACAUUCAUCAAAGUGUUUUUAGUGCAAUAUUUGGAAGCUGUGUAAUUUUGGAUUCAGGGCACUGACAGAUUUCCUCUGUUUAUGAGAGCACUUUUUAGAUUACCCUUCCGAGUGCCUGGGUUGAAAAUUAUUUUACUACUUUACCUUUAAAUAAAAGAUGUCUGAAAAUCUA